UUUCACCAUUGAGCUAUCGUUUAAACAUAGAUUUUCAAAUAUUUUUGGCAAGUAAACAGUGUAGUCAUCACACAGUAGUUGGGCAGCUUAAAAUCAACGCAACUUCUAGAAACAAAAAACUACUCUUUUAUCAAUAUUAUAUUAUUAUCAGCCAAAAAAAUCCUCUCCAUUUUACACAGAUCUUGGUAAAGAAGGAAUAAAAAAAAUGUCGUGGCAAACAUAUGUGGAUGAUCAUUUGAUGUGUGAGAUUGAAGGUAAUCAUCUCACUUCUGCUGCUAUCAUUGGUCAAGAUGGUUCUGUUUGGGCUCAAUCUGCUACUUUCCCUCAGUUUAAACCUGAAGAGAUAACAGCCAUAAUGAAUGACUUUGCUGAACCUGGUACACUUGCUCCAACUGGUUUAUAUCUUGGGGGAACAAAGUAUAUGGUGAUUCAAGGGGAGGCAGGGGCUGUUAUACGCGGCAAGAAGGGUCCCGGUGGCAUCACCGUUAAGAAAACUAACCAGGCUUUGAUCAUUGGAAUAUAUGACGAACCGAUGACUCCUGGUCAGUGUAAUAUGAUUGUUGAAAGGCUGGGUGACUAUCUCAUUGAACAGAGUCUCUAAGCAUGCUUGUGUAUUAAUAUCCUACAUAAUUGAGGCCAUGAAGAAGUCUUGUGUGCUGUUAGGAGGAGAAUUGCAAUCUCUUGUGCGUGUCAACUAUGUUGUCAUUUUAACAUUUUUCUUUGUGUUUUCCUUGUGAGCUUGAGCUUUUGUCAUUGACUUAAUUGGUUGGUUAUAUAUAUAAUGGAAUGGCUUGUAUUUGAUCUCUGGUUCAAAUUGACAUCUUUUAGUUUUGGCCUUAAAAAUAGAUCCAACAUUGUUUUGUAUGUUGGUAUGGUAUGGUAUGGUAUUAGCUUUGACAUGUCAUGUUAACACUUGUACGGGUUCGGCUGAAUUCAAUAGUUUUGACUUGCUCGUG